AUGUCUCGAGCUGCAAGUGCCACAAAAUCUGGACCAACACCAGCACAACCUGCUUCAACCAAUAAAGCACGAAUUCAUAUAAUCUACUAUUCGAUGUAUGGUCAUAUUGCAGCAAUGGCAAAAUCAAUUCUUAAAGGUGUUGAAGCAGCAGGUGCUGAAGGUCGUUUAAUCCAAGUACCUGAAACAUUAUCGGCCGAUGUUUUAGCAAAAAUGCAUGCACCAGAAAAAGAUAAAACUGUACCAACAAUAACACUAGAUGAAGCCGGUGAAAAUACCGUAGGACUCGAAGAUGCAUUGGUAAAUUGUGAUGGUAUUCUAUUGGGCGUUCCAACGCGUUUUGGUGGUAUUCCAGCUCAAAUGAAAGCUCUCUGGGAUGCAACUGGUGGACUAUGGAAGAAAGGUGCACUUGUUGGUAAACCAAUUGGUGUAUUCAUUUCAACAGGUACACCAGGUGGCGGACAAGAAACAACGACACUGACAUCGUUAACCAACUUUUGUCAUCAUGGUAUGAUUUUUGUACCAAUAGGUUAUUCAUCUCCACUUCUCAUGAAUUUGACUGAGAUACAUGGUGGUAGUCCAUACGGUGCAGGUACUUUUUCUGCUCCUGAUGGAACACGCCAACCAAGUCAACUUGAAUUACAAGUAGCAGAACAUCAAGGAACACUUUUCGCACACACAGCAACGGCAUUGAAGGUUGGCCGAGCUGCUACAUCCGAUCAAACAAAAACUGAACGACCAACAUCAUCGAAAAAAUAA